AAACCAAACCCAACCUGAUCCCCAUCGGGCUACUCCGUCCUAAAUAUUCAACAGCUCAGCCACUGCCAAGGUCUUUCUCUCUCCCUGCCUCCGAGAUGGCGAAACCUACCACCGCUGCCACUUCCUCUCUCUUCCAAACCCUAAAACGCUUCAUCAAGAAGCCCUGGGAGAUAACGGGGCCAUGCGCCGACCCGGAAUACCGAUCCGCCGUACCUGGCGCUCUUGAGUACCGUGUCCACUGCCCUGCUACCCCCAAGAUCAAGGCCAUCGUGCCCACAUCGAACCCAGAAACGGUCUAUGACAUCAAGUAUUACACUCGCGAUCAGCGCCGUAAUCGACCUCCAAUUAAACGCACCAUUUUGAAGAAGGCCGAUGUGGAGAAGAUGAUGAAGGAGAAGACCUUCGACGUUACUGAUUUUCCUCCCGUUUAUUUGACUGCGAAAGUUGAAGAGGACUACAAUGCUCGAGGAGGUGGCUACCAAAAAUAAAGAUUGUUUUCGUUCAUACACCAUCUAAAAUCCAAGUCCAAAAAAUAUCUCUGGCAAGGUGAAUCCAUCAGCACAAAUCACAAAUUCUUUUUCAUUUUGUUCCCCUCGGCGUUCUUCUUCUUCUUCUUCAACAAGAAUCCAUUGGCAGCCUCCAGCUCCUCACAGAUUGCCUCACCGCCUGCAUCUGGCAUUGUGGGUGCAUGGUUCUUCCUUUACAGAUUGCUGAGGAUGCCAAUCAUGGACUGCCUUCAUAAAUCGCCACACUGCCUUUGUCUGAUGGAUCUUCAUAUCUUGGCAUCAUAGGUUCUAGCUUUGAUGCUGUUGGGUUGCUUAAGUGUUGCGCCAGAUCUACACAAUCUCCAUGCUGCUAGAUAUUUUGCGGUUCUUCAUGGUUUUGUGAUUAAUCUCUUCAUAGGUUUGUUGCAAUUGAAAGAGUAAUGGGGAUUGUUUAAUGGGUUAUUGGAGUAUUUAAUUCAUGGGUUUAAUUUAUUAGUGUUCAACUGUUGAUUUUUGGAUUUGAAUUUUUAAUAAUGGAUUCUAUUGUUAUUUUCUUUUGGAAAUGGAUUGUAUUAGUGUUCAUUGGUUUUAAUUGUUGAAAAUUUGAUUAGUUAGUAAUGUUUCUGUAUUGAUUCCAUGAUGUUUUGUGUUUGUUUGGAUGGAAUGGAUGGGGAUUAUGUUAUAGAUGUGCUUUGUUUGUGCUUUUAGGUGUAAGCCCCUUCUGCUUGAUUUUCUGGAAGAAAUUGAAGGAACAAAGACUGAUUUAUUUGGGUAUAAGUCGGUUUGGUUAGUUCUUAAUUUUGGUUCAUUUGUUUGUAACAUUUAGUUGGGUUUUUGGAUUUUGGUUCGGUUUGGAUCUGAACCAAUUGAUUGCAUCCAACUCAUGCAUAUACUGUCCUUCAAUAAUAUGGUCUUGUAACGUUGUUCUUGUUCCUCGUUGAAUCCUGUAGAAUUUAUGUGUAGUAUGAGAACUUUAUGGAUGGAAGUUAUGGUUACUGAUUCCAGAAACUCGAUUGCUUCUUACCAGGUUUCCUUGGAUUGUGG